UUUUGCUGGACAAUUUUUAAGGUUUGGCGGUGCAGCUGCUUAAAUGUAUUUUAGUGACAGCUACCAGAAACGGCCAGCCCCUUGGAGGGCCGGCAAUCCAUGGAGUAUUCAAACACCACGGGUUUGAAUCAUAAUAUCAUCGUCAAGGAGGAUCCGGAGCAGAGUCAUUAUCAGCAGUCAAGCAAAACCAGACUGCCUUUGAUUGGAAGCUAUUUCAAGAUCGACUCACCGAUCGGAGUGCAGCCUGUUGCUAUUGCUUUUGGCAGCCAGCGUUGCAUCAAUACGCCCCCGACCACGCCCAGCAGUCCCUUGAGGGAAGCGCCCCAAAGUCCCUCGGACGGACACAUUUCAUCCUUGAGCUCGCACUCUGGCUCAGGAUGCAGUGACAUCCUGUUGGGUAAGUCCUGUUCCGGCUGUCCCUAUUUAUAA